AUAUUAAUUCUUGCCUGAAAGCAAAAGCAACUAUUUGCUCAUUUGCUGAUUAUCUGUAUGGAUAAAAAACUUUGGAUGUAACAAGAAAAAGCUUCCUUCACUUUUCAGCUUUGUCAUUAGUUUUGAAUGCCCCUAACCAAGUAGUGACUGUGUAACAUGCAAGCCACUGAUCCUAGGGAAAGCUCUCAUGCCUUUCACCAGCCUCAGAAUGGCAGCAGCCAUAAAUCGUCUGGCUAUGUCCCUGGAAGAAUUGCUCCAUUCCGGCCUCCACCCCCUCCAAAGAACCAGGCUUCAGCCAAAUUUACCUCUGCAAGACAGGAAACUCGUGCAACAGUAGCCUCUUCAUCAGAUGUGCAACGCCACCAAGCAGAAUCAAGCCGAAAGAAGAGGCACAAAAAUACGCUCAUUUGCUUUGCCAUGUCUAGCUUUUCAUUUUUUCUUGCACUUGGGAUUAUUUUGGGGAUCGCAUCAAAAUAUGCACCUGAUGAAAACUGUCCUGAUCAGAAUCCUCGCCUUAAGAAUUGGAAUCCUGGACAUGAUAAAGAGAAGAAAAUUGUGCUUCAGCAAGGAGAUCUGUUUCGUCUGAAUGUGGAUGCUACAGUGCACUCGAUAGUUAUACAGGAUGGGGGAUUGCUUGUCUUUGGUGAUGAUGAAAAUGGAUCCAGAAAUAUUACACUGCAAACACAUUUUAUCCUGAUAAAGGAUGGUGGAGCGCUUCAUAUUGGAGCAGAGAAAUGCCGUUAUAAAUCCAAAGCAACAAUCAUCUUGUAUGGCAAAAAGGAUGAAGGUGAUUAUGUGCCAACAUUUGGCGAAAAGUUUGUGGGUGUGGGCCCUGGUGGAACACUGGAAUUGCAUGGAUCUCAGAAGUUAGCGUGGACUUCUCUGUCAAAGACUGUAUAUUCUUCAGGGCUGGCCUCUGGUUCAUAUACAUUUGAAAAGGAGUUUUUCCGAGGUCUAAAUGUGAGAGUCAUUGACCAGGACACUGCACAAGUUUUAUCUGCAGAGAGGUUUGAUACUCACGAAUCUCAAAAUGAUAGCAGGAAACUUCAGGAUUUUCUAAAAGCCCAAGAUAUUGGCCGAAUUGUUGCUAUUGCUGUGGGAGACUCCGCUGCUAAAAACCUACUGGAUGAAACCAAAACAACCAUACAGAAUCUCCUGGGAAGUAAGCUCAUCAAAGGAUUGAGUUAUAGGCAGGCUUGGGCUUUAGUUGGCGUAAUUGGUGGUGGACAGUUGUCUUGCAAUGAGUCUGUGAAAGACUAUGUAAACCAUAAUACAGGCAAAGCAAUUGCACAAAGAGAAUUUGUUACACUGGAUGGCCAGAGGUUUGCUGUGAGAGCUUUCAGUGAGUGGAUUGAUGGUGUUCCAAAGUGGGGUUUCCAGAUUGAAGCCGUGGAUGGAGUGAUACUGGAUCUCUCAGAAGAUGUUAGUAUGUGGAAUCCUGAAGACCAAAUUGUUGUCGCAAGUACUGAUUAUUCUAUGUACCAGGCAGAAGAAUUCAGCCUGCUUCCUUGUCCAGAAUGCAACAAAUACCAAGUCAAAGUUAGAGAAAUUCCUCAGUUCCAUCAUAUAGGAGAAAUCAUUGAUGGAGUGGACAUGAGAGCUGAGGUUGGAGUUCUUACCAGGAACAUUUUAAUAAAGGGAGAGAUGGAAGAUUCCUGUUAUACUGGUAAAGAGUGCCGGUUCUUCAAUUAUGAUACUUUUGGUGGACAUAUCAAGAUUCUGAAGAAUUUCACAUCUGUUCAUUUGUCCUACGUGGAACUUAAACAAAUGGGUCAGCAGGUGCAUGGAGCUUACCCUGUUCACUUUCACCGCUGUGGAGAUGUGGAUGAGAAAGGAGGGUAUAACUACCAGACUUACGUAGAGGGCCUCUCAAUUCAUCAUUGUUUCUCCAGAUGUGUUACCAUUCAUGCAACAAAUGGCUUGCUGAUAAAAGACAGCAUUGGCUAUGACACACUGGGCCAUUGUUUUUUCUUGGAGGACGGCAUUGAACAGAGAAAUACGCUGUUUCGUAACCUGGGGCUAGUCACCAAACCAGGCACACUGCUUCCAACAGACAGAAAUAGCACCAUGUGCACAGCCAUCAGAGAUCAUGUCUAUGGGAAUUAUGAGCCAGUACCAGCCACAGACUGCAUGGCUGUUUCAACAUUUUGGAUUGCUCAUCCCAACAACCACCUUAUAAAUAAUGUAGCUGCAGGAUCACAGGAUGCUGGAAUAUGGUAUAUUUUUCACAAAGUACCCACAGGAGAGUCUCAUGGAUUAUUUCCUGAAACCAAAGCUGAACUUACACCACUAGGAAUUUUCUAUAACAACAAGGUUCACUCAAAUUUUAAGGCUGGUUUAUUUAUUGACAAAGGUGUUAAAACAACCAAUGCAAGUGCCACAGAUAAAAGGGAGUAUCUGUCAUUGGACAAUAAUGCAAGGUUUCGACCACACCAAGAUGCAAAUCCAGAGAAACCCCGUGUUGCUGCUCUCAUAGACCGGCUAAUCGCUUAUAAAAACAAUGACCAUGGGGCCUGGAUCAGAGGAGGGGAUAUCAUAAUUCAGAACUCUGGGUUUGCGGACAAUGGAAUAGGCUUAACCUUUGCCAGUGAUGGAAGCUUCCCAAGUGAUGAAGGCUCCAGCCAGCAAGUCUCAGACUCCCUCUUUGUUGGUGAAAGCAAGAAUUAUGGCAAUGCAGGAGGCCAAAACAAAUACUGGGGCACUGGAGGAGUAAACAAUAAAACUCGUGCUCUGCCUAGAAAUCGGACUUAUCCAAUUCGAGGCUUUCAGAUUUAUGAUGGACCUAUUUGUCUCACCAAAUGCACGUUCAGCAAUUUUGUACCAACUCCAGACAGAUUCACUAGUGCAAUUGGGUUCCUAAUGAAAAACACCUGGCAAAUUACACCUCAAAACAAUAUAUCCCUAGUAAAGUUUGGUGAAAAUGUUUCUCUGAAAGUAUUUUUUGGUAAGCCUGGCCCUUGGUUUGAGGAGGCUGAUCUUGAUGGUGACAAGAACUCAAUCUUUCAUGAUGUAGAUGGAUCUGUGACUGGAUACAAGGAUACCUAUGUUGGUAGAAUGGAUAACUACCUGAUUCGACAUCCAGACUGUAUUAAUGUUACCAUGUGGAAUGGUGUGGUCUGCAGUGGCACCUACGCACAGGUAUAUAUCCAGACACGAAAUCCACAGAAUCUUACUAUGACUAUGGUGCGGGAUGAAUAUCCAUCAAACCCUUUGGUACUGCGAGGUAUUAAUAAUCAGAAAGCUGACUUCCAGCAGUACCAGCCUGUUGUGAUGCUUCAGAAGGGAUAUACAAUACAUUGGAAUGGACAGGCCCCACAGACAACGUUCCUUUACCUCAUUAACUUCAAUAAGAAUGACUGGAUUCAGGUUGGCCUCUGUUACCCACCGGACACCUCUUUUCAAGUAACCUUUGAUGUAUUCCAAAGGCAGGCAUCUGCUUACCAUAAUGUGGAAGACUAUGUUCCUGUAUCUUCAAUGGCAGAACUGAAGAAGCGUCGAACAGAGAAAAUAUUUUAUUUUGAUAACAGCACUGGGUUGCUGUUUUUAUUUCUUCAAGCCAAAUAUCACAGGGAUGGCCACAGUUACUGUUCAUCUCAGGGAUGUGAACGAGUAAAGAUUCAGGCCAGUUUUCAGUCAUGGCCUAUUAGUAACUGCUUAAUGAAAGCUUAUCCAAAGUAUUUUCAGAAGCCAACAGUUGUGAAAAGAAUGCCGAUGAAAAUGACAAGUUCCUGUCAAAAAUGUGGCUCAUCUCAGAUGGCAUUUAGCAGUGACCCUCAUAAAGCCUACCUCCUUGUGAAAAUACAGUCCCCUGAUAAGAUAGAAUUGCAAAGGAACCAAGAAUAUUUCAUCUCAGUCAAUGGCGUUAAGUCUCCAUUGAAAGGUGUGGGUGUGCUCACUGUAGUCAUUGAUGCCUGUACUGGCAAAGUAACAAAAGAAACAUUUUUCUCUGAAGCAAACCUCCAGAACCUAGAAGAUUAUAUAAAAACUCAAAUUCCCCAAAGGUCUAUCGUUCUGUUAAACACCCGAGGGAAUAUAAAGAACCUUAACAUUUCUCAAGUCUUGAUGAGCCUGGGAGCAGUAAAACCAUCAAGUCUUCAAAAUCUGGGGACCAUUAGCUUUCUGGGGUUCAGAGGAAACUUUAAACCAUCUUGGAUAAAGCUGUUUACCAGUCCUGCAGGGCAGGGCCUUGGUCUUAUAGAAAAAUAUAUCCCUUUACAGUUGGAAGAGUAUGGUUGCACCAGGAUAAACAGUAGCCGAAGGAAAGAUUUGGAACUUUUAAGGCAGGCUCUAAGAACACAGUAGAAAUUUAAGGUGCAGGCACGGAGCAGAUGGCCAGGAAAGAGCGGCCUCUGGCCAGGAUUGUGCUGGGACCUCAGUGACCACAUGGCCUGCUCCCAAACCAGGAUGCCACCUGCAGUCCCAAGGAGUUGAUUUAAAACAAAUCCUUUUUGAUCUGGUGCUUUGGACCACAGUGUAGCCUCAGUGCAGCUUCCAGCCAUUUUGGACCAUGUGUCAUUUAAACACCAUGCCCCCAAAGUAGUCUGAUCUGUUCCAGCUACAUUUUACGUUUAUUCUUGCUAACUUUCCCUUCCUUAAAAAGGCAUACAAGUCUGUGAGUCCGACAUUUUCUGAGUGCCAAGAUCUCGCAGAAGAAACCAUGUUCUGAGGACUUUGGGCUUCAUCAGUAAGGUCUCUUGAGCAUAUCUAUACCCCAGUUAUAGAAGUCUGAAUACAGUAUCAUUAGAGAUAGGCUGCAUGCAGCACAAAAGGAUACUCCAUAUCUCUUCCUAUUACUUGAACUACAAUUCUGUGGGAACAUGAGACCAUCAAUACUGAUGCUACUCAAGGAGGCAAAGCUUGACUUAAAGGUGAACUGUUGUUUUUUACAGAUAGUCUGCUGUAAGAUCUAAUUGAUGACUAACACAGCAAAGAGAAAAAUCAGCCCAGCCUACUAGGCAGCAGGGGGAAUCUCUUUUCACAUUUGUUUGAAUACUGUUUUUCAAAACCUUCUUAAAUUGAAUUUUAUUUUUAUGUCUUUCAAGUCAUUGGAGAGAGAAGGAAAAAGGAGUAAUUCCAAUAUUCUUACCUCACAUUCCCUUCCUAAUUCCUGUAUUUUAAACAACGCCCUGUGUGAAAUAGGAUUUUCCUGUAUUUCCCUGUGCCCUCCAAAAUCAUCUCCAGAUAUUUGAGGACGUAGAGAAUGAUUGCAGGAAGGAACAAUUGAAAGCAGAGUUGUUGUGAAUCAGUCUUCUCCUCCCCGUGAUGAACAGAAUGACAACUCCUUGCCUUUCUGAAGGCUACCAUGCCUUUCUGAAGGCUACCACACUAACAAAUUGCCCCUUGCUUCAUAGAUCUCCACUGGGGGUUUUCAGCAUGUCUUCUUUUUGAUCCAUCAGUAAGAAGGAUCCUUUAACUCUGCUUUCUGAAAAAGUCUUUUUUUUACUGCAUAUCCAGAUUUUGAACUUGGAUUACUCUUAACUGGUCAAGAGUUGUAUUUUUAUUUUCAAACUAUGAAUGCUAUUUUCCAUAGGUCUCAAGCAGUAAUUCUGCAUGAGUUGAGCUCCCACCCUGUGGAGUGAUAUCCCAGAUAUGAAGACUGCUUUGUGAACUUUGGUUGGGGUGGGCAAGUGUAAAGGGAAAGGAAUUUUUAUUCUUUUUUGUCUACUGGGGCAGUAUACUCACAGGAGUAUAUACAGGUGGGGAAAGUGUACCAGCACUUGUCCAGACAGUCUUAAGAGGAGGAAAUAUUCCUUUCCAUGGGAAAAAAACCCCAGUCCCUGAAUUUUGAGCAGCAGCUAAAAACUACUCUCUAGAUACCUAGAACAAGUUUUCAGCUUUUAACCCACAUGACAUUUUGGACAUGAACUUUUGCAAUCCAUGACCAUUGGCAAUUUUGCCUUGGCCUUCUGGAAGUUGAAGCCCAAAAUGUGUGAAAAACCAAAUGUUAGGAACCACGGACGGAGACUACACUUAUAGUAAUUUCCCCUUUCUUUUAAUCCUUUCCAAAAUCCCUAAAUACCCACUGGGAACUCUACAACUUGCAAAACAAAACAAUCUUAAGCUUUGUUAACUUCCAAGACUGCAGCUUGUACUGUAACGAUAUUUGUUAGUUAUUAGGGUGCAGCAGGCCUUGGUCUCAUGCAGCAAAAACAACAUACAUAUCUGUACUUUUGGAAAUUGUUACAAGUAGAAAUGGAAAUGGUUACAGGUAGUUUUAAUAGUACUGGAAAUAUUGGUAACUAGAUACUAAAUCUGCAUGUUUGUUUACAUGUGCAAGAAUAUGAUGCAUAUUUUAAUCUGUGGUGAGAAUUUUAGUCAAGCAAUUGUUUCAAGUCAUAUGAAGACUUUAUCAAGAACAACAAAGGCAUGUAAGGUGAAAAAAAUCACAAAGAAUGCAUAUGGAACAACUGCAAGUCAUGAGCACACAGAUUCCCAGACACAAUUACUCCUACUCCUCCUCGAUUAUUAUUUAAGGUUAUGUUUGUGAAUACAAAUAUCAUACAAGGAUUUAUUGAGGAGAACACUGAAGUAUAACUAAAAAUAUGAGGAUCAGUUUUCUAUUCAUUUUUCUAUAGGUUAUCAUGAUUCCAUAUGUCAUUCAGUUACGCCUCUUUUUAGUCAGGUAGCCCUCCUAUGGGCAUUGUAUAUUUGAAUACAAAGUAUAAAAUAAGCUUUUGCAGAUACUCAUAAAAUAUGUAUUUUUUCAAACAAACAUGCCUUUUGUGCAAGAAUUACAGAGGAACUGGGUUGGUUUGUCAUGUUGCCUUUACACAAUAUGCUACCUCAGUCAUUGCCAAUAAAUCAUUCAUGGUAAUAAC